AUGGACGAUUACACUAGAGAGAUGAUGGACCUGAAGACCCUGGUCACUCGUACCCUAGAAAAGAAGGGCGUCCUCGCCAAGAUCCGGGCCGAACUUAGAGCAAGUGUAUUUGAGGCAAUUGAAGAAGAGGAUAAGGCAAUUGAGACGGAAGAAGGUUUGCCUCCUGCACUUUUGGGUAGCUGCAAUGAUCGUGCGAAACAACUGCAUGCUUCUCCUUCAGGGAGGCUUUUAACUUCACUAAUAUGUGAAUACUUGGAUUGGGCACAACUGAAUCACACAAUAAAAGUUUAUUUGCCAGAGUGCAAUUUGCAAAAGGAUUUUUGGAGAUCUGAGUUGAAAGAAUUUAGUAGCAAGAAUGGAUAUGAUCUUAACAGGAAUGGAGACAGUGCUCCUUUGCUUUUGGAUGUCCUUGAAGGCUUCUUGAAAUAUGAGUUGAAUUUGACCAUUAAUUGCUUUGUUCCUUUAUAUUCUGGCAGAAUUUAUCUCAAGCAAGAGGUAUUGGAAGGAGAGCUGGUUCCAUCUUCCCAGGCAUCUGAUCGGAGAGCAGGGUCCUCCAUCUCAGGCUACAGGAAAGAUGAAUAUAAUUGGAGAUAUGAUGGUGAUGAGCUUCCAGAUGAUGUAAUCCGUGCUUCCACGGCCUUGGAAAACCUUCAGUUGGACAGAAAAGCUCGAAAUCUAACUACUUCUUGGCGGCAUGCAGGGGAUGGAAUCUCUGAGGACAAUGGGAGGGUAGACCAGAUGUAG